GGAAGGAAACCGAACUUCCGGAAGAGGCUGUAGUCUGCUUGACGAUAAUUCACCUACCUGGUUAGGGAGCUAUCUUGUCAGGUAACUUGUGUCCACUUGAUAAAAAAAUACUGCAGUAAAUGUCAGAAAAAUAGCAGUUAGACAUCGUGCCGUCGCAGAGGUCGCCGGCAGACUGCUCACUGACGCGUCACAUUACAAAACAGUUUCGCCUCGGUCGCUUCGUCAGCGCUAGCUAGUGUAGGUAGCGUUAGCAAGCUGACAUUUGAUAGCCGCUAGCACUUAGCUGUACACUUGGCAAUGCUCUGUGCUCUUAUAAUCCGACAACAAGCCAUGUUUUCCACUUAACCGCUUCGACACAUUUGAUUCACAUUCACUGGUUGUCACCGUGUCGGCGGCUGUUUUCGUGUUGUGACCCAUGGUGUUUGUGGCGCUGUGCUAAACAACAGCCGUCCGAGCAGCUCUGCUACGCGGAGUCACAGUAUACCGGGGUCCAGCAGACCACAGAGACAGUGAGUGGGUCAUCAGGCAGUCUCCCUAUGUCAGGGCGAAACGGGUCUGCAAGUGAUGCAGACUGCCGGAUCUCUGAGGACUGCCAUGUCCCAGAUGUGGAGCUGAUGGAGCUGGGACCACUGCUAGAGGAGGGGGGUCGACAGCCGGCUCCUAAAGGCCUCCACACAGAGGGAGCCUCAAUGCUGGCUGAUGAGGAGGAGGAUGAUGAUGAGGUGGGAGAGGUCCUGACCUUACCACUUCAGGCUCACCAUGCCAUGGAGAAGAUGGAGGAGUUUGUCCACAAAGUUUGGGAGGGACGCUGGCGGGUUAUCCCUUUCCAUGUCCUGCCAGAGUGGCUUAAGGACAAUGAUUACCUCCUGCAUGGACAUCGGCCCCCUAUGCCCUCCUUCCGGGCCUGCUUUGGAAGCAUUUUCAGAAUUCACACUGAGACAGGAAACAUUUGGACUCACCUUUUAGGGCUGAUCUUAUUCCUGUGUCUGGGCACACUAACCAUGCUGCGGCCCAACAUGUACUUCAUGGCCCCACUUCAAGAGAAAGUGGUGUUUGGAAUGUUCUUCCUGGGAGCUGUGCUCUGUCUCAGCUUCUCCUGGCUCUUUCACACUGUCUACUGCCACUCCGAGAAAGUGUCUCGAACCUUCUCCAAGCUUGACUACUCGGGCAUUGCCCUACUGAUCAUGGGCUCCUUUGUGCCCUGGCUGUACUACUCCUUCUAUUGUUCCCCUCAGCCUCGACUUAUCUACCUCACCAUUGUAUGUGUGCUUGGGAUUGCUGCCAUUAUAGUGGCCCAAUGGGACCGUUUCUCUACGCCUCGUCACAGGCCCACAAGAGCAGGUGUUUUUAUGGGUCUGGGACUUAGUGGCAUCGUCCCUACCAUGCACUUCACCAUCGAGGAGGGCUUUGUCAAGGCCACCACAGUUGGCCAGAUGGGUUGGUUCUACCUGAUGGGUGCAAUGUAUAUCACUGGUGCUGGGCUGUAUGCUGCCAGGAUCCCUGAGCGCUAUUUCCCCGGCAAAUGUGACAUCUGGUUCCAUUCUCAUCAGAUUUUUCACGUGCUGGUUGUGGCGGCGGCUUUCAUCCAUUUCUACGGUGUUUCCAACCUGCAGGAGUUCCGCUACGGCCUAGAGGGAGGAUGCACAGACGACUCUCUGCUUUGAGAGGCUAGACUGUGACUCAAUCAUCCUUUUUUUCUUUUAGAGACCCUCAACUCCACACACACACACACACACACACAAACACACACACACACAUACAUACACACACAUUUUAAACAAUGCUGCUGGAAUUCAAUAUGUUCACUUACUGCUCCCUCUGUACUUCUGAUUUGCUCACAUCCUAUUUGGGUUUCUAGUGGUCUUUCUGCUUUGGCUCAUUUUUGCUCAAAUAAAAUAGCAUUAAAUAGCCAAUGAACUAUGGAGGGAAAUGUCAGUGGGCACUACCUUUUUGAAAAAAAAAAAAUCAUUAUGGAGCUUGAAAUUUCCAUUUAGCUUAAGAACAACAUGGGGUUUUAAUUAAGGAGGAAUGUUACUGUGGGCCUUGAUGGUCACCUCUGAGAAGCUCGCUGUACUUGUAUCCCAACGUCUCUAUAGGUCAUUAUUGCAUGGGUGCAAAGAGUGUGAUUUGUGCCGGAGCGGAGUGCACAUACUGUAAAUCAUUCCUUUUUUUGGGCCCCCACAGUUUCCAUGUGGGAUAGGUGACUGGUGAACUGUCCACCAGGAGCAGGAUAUGGGGGAUUGCAGGGACCAUUUAGGCUGAAAGAAUCGGGGCCUGCACACAUUUGUUUGAGGGGGAUUAAAAGUAUACACAUGUAGUGUAUAGAUGUUGAUUGUGCACCCAGAGGACCCCUAACCCUCAAAUCCUAUUGAGAUUUGUAGAAAGACCUGGUCGUUGCUUUGCUCGCAAGAGACAGAGUUUAAAAAAAAAAAAAUUUGAAAGGAAGGUAUUGUCCCAACCCCAUAAAUACAAACUAAAUAUGUUGUCUGAGUAAUAUGAGGUGGAAUGUCAAACACAUUUUUGCCUGCGUGGCAUUUUAACCAAAACAAAUCAAGAGGUUGAACACUUUUUCAAACUGUAUUUCUGUCAUCUGAAUUUUAUACUGAAAUUUAUAGAAGUUCCUUUCCAUUUUGAUAAGGUAUUUUAAUUGACAAAUAUCCCAAAAAUAAACAUACUUUGAAAUUACGUAAUGGCACAACAAACUGUGCAAAACACUAAACAGCCACUGCAAAAAUAAACUGUCGGUUCGAGUGUGAACAAGAUGGGACGAGCCCUGCGAGGCAACAUUAAGAUGCCUAAAAUGUUUAAGAGAUUAGACCGCUUCUGCCAUCAUUUUUCAGACAUCAUCAUUGGUUAAUUCCCGGAUUAAAACUGGGCUACGCACAAUGUAUAAAUCUGGAUAGGGUAACUUGUGUUUUUGCAGUUAGAGAUCUUUUUUUCAUUCUAGAUUUCAGAUGCAAGAGAGAGGUGUGAAUAUCAAACGCACCUUAAUAUAUAUAUUAUUAAAAUACAAACUUUAAAUCACUGUAUGGGAUUCACCAUGUGGUAUGUAUGAUAUAAUCUUUUAGUAUUCCUGUGCCUUAGGCCAAUGGAAAUCUUUUUAAAUAAAAUGGCCUAUCUUAACAGUCAAGGGAGCUUCAAGGAUUUCCAGAUGUUGACUUUUCUUGUUUUCCUUGCCAUAUAUACAAUCAGAUUAUUAUUGAACUUAGAACUCCAUUGCUAGGUUGUAUCAACUGCUGUUUAAGACUCCUUUUUUUAGGUGAACUUAUUCAAGCUUUACUACAGAAACUAAAAGAGUGUGUAUUCUUGACUUUGUGUAAUGUCCUGUGUAGAAAGUGAUACAUCAUACAUUUCACUGAAAUGUAAACAUAAAUAUUUAUUAAUGGUAAACUUGGAACAUUAUUGUAAUAAAUUUCUUUUUUUCCACAUGUA